CACGUCAUGUAAACUUGCUGCUAGCUUCUAUCAUACUAUUGUUUAUCAAAAUUGUAAUCACAAACUUUUUUGAUUGAAAAAAUGAAUGCAUUGCGAAUCUCUGUGUUGAUAUGCUUUUUCGCGAUCGGGGAUACACAGACGUUCCAACAGAACUUUGACGCCAGAGUGAAAGAAUUCACAGAAAAGUACCUGCCACUGAAACACCGGCCCAAAAUCUCAGAGAGCACUGUCUACGUAUUCGCAGACCUCUAUAACAUUAUAGAUUUGAACGCGCAAGCAGAAACGAUCACGACUAAAUUGUGGAAUUAUGUGGCAUAUAUUGUGGAUGUGGAUUGGGACGCAUGGGACAACCUGACAGACUACUACAUGUACGAAUUCUACCCUGGCAAGAACAAGAUAUGGCUGCCCGACAUUAUUGUACUUAACAAGUAA